AUGGCUCUGCUCAAUCCGACCUUCCUCUUCGGCGUCGUCGUCCUCCUCUACCUGUCCUCCUUUAUCCUCUUCGCCGUCAUUCGAAUCCUCACCGGCGUAUCGAUCCAGCGAAUCGGCUACUUUUCACUCCGGAGACUCGCCUACACCCCACGAGAUGGAUUCAAGAUUGAGGUACGCGGCCUCGGGCUCAACGUCCACCGCCCAACAUUUGCCCAGCCCACCUGGCUGAGCGUCGUCAUCAGCGAGCUCACCGUCACGGUCGACAUCCGCGAACUGGACGGCAAGAAGGGCGAGGACAGCUCAACCGAUUCCGACAGCAGCACCGACGCGGAGGAAGAGCCGGAGGUGCCGGCCGCCGAACAACAGCCCAAGGUGCCACUCAUACGUCGAAACGGCGGACCCCCGCCCCGGAGCGAGACGUGGAAGCACUUGAUGAAGCUCAAGGACCGGAUGAAGAGGGCGCACCGCAAGCUCAACUGGCUGCGGAUGGUAGACGUCGUCGCCACAAACUCCACGAUUAAGGUCGUCGACGUCGGCGACGUCCAGUUUGGCAGCUUGACCGUCGCCGUCGACACGCGGCGCAAGAUGGUGGACCGCGCUCGCUUCUUCUUUCAGGCUCGCAACGACAAGAACAAGCAGAAGCAGCGGCAGGCGGAGUGGAUCAUGACACUGCGCAGUGUCCUGUUCACGCCCGAGGGCAAGGAGUCCCUCGAGAUCCUCGACAAUGCGACGCUGAAUAUCCAUGGAUUCUUAUACGAGGCGCUGGAUGGCCUGCGGGACGCUGCGAUUGCCCUCAAGCUGGGCCGUGUUCAUAUACCCUACGACGACGUGCGCGUGUGCGCCGAUCGCUUCAAGCAGUGCAAGUUGGCCGCGCGCUCGUCCACCCUGUCCGACGAGCCAGCCGACGUUUUCAUGGACAAGGUCAUACACGAGGUCGCCCAGCCUGGCAGCACCAACCAGGAUCUAAUUCAGACCGUGUCCGAUUCCAAGGAGUUUGUCAGUUCCAUCUUGAGGGGCGUUAAGGAGGUCCAGUUUGCAGUCAGUUUUGUUGGCAUGACCAAGAGGGUGGAGUCCGUCAAACCUAGUGCCAAGCCCGUCUUGUUGAAUGCGUCGAUGAAGGAAGUUGGUAUAGACUUGCACCGUUUGGACCCCAAGUCACCGUCACAUAGGAUGUACUUCCCGUCCAAGGACAUCGCCCACGAGGCUCUCGCCGCGGCCCUGUCCAUCUCCGUCGGUGUCGACGACGGCGACGGGAAACCCGAGAGGCUGCUUUACAUCCCCAUGGCGACAACUACUGUCAAGACGACGCUGCCGUCUAAGACAGUCGAGAUGGCGCAGGAUGUGGGAGCCGAGGAGAGAAACGCAAACAUACUGUUCGCUAAUUCCGUAGUAACUUCCCCCUCGGUAGAUCUCGACCCUCGCCAUCUGCCGCUCCUCGUCGCCAUGCUGAAGCCAAAGUCCUCCAAGAGGUCACGAUCUAGCCGCCAACCGCGGCAUGUGCUCAUAUCACGACUCCUGCCCAAGGCUAAUAUCAAGUUCACCAUGCACGAGCCCGUUCUCCGAGUCGCCUUGCCCGCAGUCGACCAGCACGCGGCAGCCGACGACUUUGAUCUCAUCAUAUCCUCCAUUUCGUCAAUAUCACUCGACAUGGAAUCGUUCCAUUCCACAGUGGAGGACUUGCACUACUCGCUCGCGUCAACCAUGAGGAUCCAGUCGCACGAACUGUACUAUCAGACGUCAUCGAGUAACCGAUUCGACUUGAUUCAGACCGAGUCCUUCGAGCUUAAGGUGCAACUCAGUGCUACGCCAGACGUCCAUGUCGUUGCCUCGAGCAAUCUGCAGACCUUCUCGAUCAAGAUGGUGCGCCCCGAGAUCACCGACGGUCUCAGACAGAUCGUGCGACAGCUGAGGCUAAACGUCGAGCCCGAGAAGCGUUCAAAUUCACACACGUCCACCAAGAAGCAAAACUUCCUUCGCGCAAUGCCAUCUUGGUUGUUGCAGUUUCAACUCCAAGCAUCAGACUUCAGCAUCGAAAUUGCGGGCAUUGACGAGGACAUCUCGGACGAUACCCGCGGGGUGUCCCUCCAGCUCGACGAAUUUUCCGCAGAGUACCGCGCGCAAAGACUCGAGGGGCUUCAACGGCGGCCAUCGCGGCGUAGGGCUAAUAGCCGUACAGUGGCCCCUGACUCGGACCUGCUCAAAAGUCCAAUCUCACCACCGCCGAGGAAGAAGCAGCAGAACCAUGGUGAUGGACGAAGGGUCACUUUCCACGUCCGUGGCCUCGAGGCUUACGUUGUUGAAUCAGAGGACAGGGUCGAGCUGGAGCCGUUUGUCAAUAUGCCGCGGUUUGAGGUGGCCUUCCAGGCCAUGAGUGACCAGCAGGGGCCGAUCUUCCACAUUCAUGCCGCGAUACGGACUGUUCUUUUGCAGUACUCUCUCUUCCGCCACUACUCGGUCGGUGUUGCCAUCAUGAUUUUGCGAAAAGCCUUCAUGAGGUCAGGCCAAGAUGUUGCGUCGCCGCCAAUGUCGCCGACGACGCCACGGAAAGACGGCAAUGCCGAUUUCUUGGCUCCUCCCAUGUCACCAGGCUCUCCCUUUAUCGACAUGAGCGACUACUCCACCUUGACGCCUGAGCUUGUAGCCAUCGACCUCAAAGCUGCCUUGGUGCAAAUCAAAGCCGAGUUGCCGAAUGAUCCUCAGUUGAUGGUCCAGGUCUAUGGCGUCGAGGCUGGCCGGCACAGAUGGUCAUCGCCGUACAUUGCGUCCAAGCUUGUUCGGAUCUACGUACAACCACCUAGGAUGCGAGGCACUUGGGCCAGAAUGGUCAGCAUCAAAGGAGGCCGUGUCGACUAUCGCAAGUCGCGGCGCAAGCUGACAGGUGGUGAAUUCCAAGAAGACAAGAUGAUCGACGUCAACUCCGACGCUAUCCGAUUUGCCGUGCCCCACGAGGUUCAGGUCAAUAAGAUUUCCGACAAUAUCAUUAAUACCCUCAAGUCGAUCAAGCAGCUUCACCACCGCUUCAAAACGGGUACGAAUGAGUACAUCCUCGACAAGGUCCCCGGUGGACCAAAGAACGUUCCAAAGGUAUCUGUUCGGACACGCUCGCUACUCUUUGAGAUGGAAGAUGGAGCCUUUGAGUGGAAACUCGGAAUGAUCUACCGCGCGGGUAGAGUGGAGCAGAUGCAACGACUCGCCCGUGAAGAAGCCUUCGAAGUCAAGAGUAAAAAGGUCCGCGAAGAAGAGUCGAGAAAAGAGUCAGGCAAGCUGCGUGCUCGCUCGCUUUUCAACAGGGGACGACAGCAGAAUGGUGCGUCAUGGGCCAGGAGCCAAAGUGCAGAUGGACGACGGCCUAGCAGCAGAGACGAACGCUCAAGGGGCAGAGCGCCGCGAUACGACCCCGAUGGCGAAGGAGUCGGCCUUACUGGAUCCUCCAAGGUUGCCGAACAAGAAGCACGGGCGAGACUGGAUGCAUACAACGCACAAAGUUGGAAGAAGCGGAUCGAUCGGUUCUACGUCAUGGCCAAGAACGGCAUGAAGGAGAUUCGAGGUCUGUUCUGGGGCCCUGAUCAGCUUCCUGACGAUCUGGAGGAUACGGAGAACAUCCUCGAAGUGCCACAGCGACCCGCGCUCGCGUCUGCACUCAUCACCGAUCUCCAGUUCGUCAUUGACAAGCCUACAUUCGCAAUGAAGGAUUUGCCAGACUUUAUCAACUCCGUCGGCAAGGGAAUGCCAAAGGACAUGAAGUACGGAUUGCUCGUCCCAAUGCAUGUCUCGAUUGACCUUAGUGAGGCGAGGAUAUCAUUACGCGACUAUCCGCUCCCUCUGAUUCAUAUCCCCAGUUUGAAGGCAGGCCAGUCGACAAGGCUACCAGCUAUGUCGCUCAAGACAAACUUCGUCAUGGCGGAGGAGUUCCGAGGUAUGGAGUCUACCCGCCGUAUCAAAGUCAACAUUGUUCCUCCUCGAAUCCACGAACCUGGCGGUAGCAACGAGGGUGGCUUCGCGAUCGACGUUCGGCGGACCAUUGGACCAGUCAAGUCGUACUCCAACAUGCGCGUCGAAAUCAACACAGCUCUGCCGACAAGGAUCACUUGGGGUCCAGCAUAUCAGCCAGCCAUUCAAGACAUGAUGAUGGGUAUCGAGUCCUUUACUAAGCCUCAGAUUGACCCAUCAGAAAGAGUCGGCUUCUGGGACAAGAUUCGUCUCAACUUCCACUCCAGAAUACACGUGGCGUGGAGAGGCGAUGGUGAUAUGCAUCUCGCACUCAAGGGAACUCGUGAUCCUUACUGUGUGACAGGCAACGGCGCAGGAUUCCUGAUGUGUUGGCGCAACGAAGUCAAGUGGAAUAUCAAUGCCGACGACGAUCCGAAGCGGUUCAUGACGGUCGACUCUGGGGAGUACGUUCUUGCCAUACCCGACUACAGCCAUCAAGUCCGCGAAGCUGCGAGACGCACUGGAGAAGACGACAGCCUCAUGAGCGAAGACAGCUAUAAGUCCGGAGCGUCCUUCAAAAAGGUGGUGAUGAAGCUGUCGGGCAAGGUACAGUGGAUGGCUGGCCUCGUCUUUGAACGCGCGAUUCAGGACGGGAAGCGUAGCUUCGAGUUCAGACCGCACUACGACAUUAUGUUGCGCGCUCCUCACCAUGUCAAGCCCGAGGACCAACCAUACGAUGCUUUCCGCGGUUUCCGUAGCCAGCAUAUUCACUUGUCGAUUGCUGUCCGAGCUCCGGUCGACCGUGACUGGAUGGCGAACAAUGUCGAACCGUCUAGGAGCUACAACACGGUUCAUUGUACACCUCGCUUCUUCACUCACUUCUUUGCGUGGUGGUCGUUGUUCGGUGGUGCUAUGGCAUUGCCCAUCCGCCAAGGUCCGCUCUGGCCGGGUCGGGAGAGGAACAGCAAAAAGUUCGGUAAACACCUCUCCACGAUCAAGUACAAUCUCCUCUUGGCACCGCUGUUCCUCAGUCAUAUCUACAAGCAUAAGGAUGUUGAAGAUGCUUCGGACAGUGGGGUGUCGGCAACGGGUCUCAAGGUCAGAUUCGACAGCUUCAUGCUGGAUCUGCACCAGAGACGUGAGGAGUUCAAUACCCGAGACCGCGGUCGCAAGACUAAGGGAAAGACGAGCGGAAUCAAGCUUCACGCGGCCCAGCUUGACCUUGCAGCAGCCGAUGUUCGUGCUGUUUCGGCCAGUAUACGAGGAUCAACGACAGAAGCCAUCAAGAAGGGAACGAUGGGCGACCUAAUAACGAAUCAACGCGACGAUAGCACAGACCUGUCCCGCUUUACCAUUCCUGAUAAUGACCUCAGUUGGAUCGAUAUGGACGAUUUCGUGGAGCUGGAUUGGAUCCUGCCUACAGAGCCUAACCCGGACACCAAAAUCCUUCCACUCGCUUUUGCGCCGCGUCUGACGUACUUCCGACAAACUGAUAUUGGCGGCGUCAUUGCAGGUGAUCCGGACCGCAAAAGCCCGUUCGGCGAUGAGCCGACUCACUUCUGUAUCAUGAGCCACGAUGACGAUCCCAGAAGAGUACAAGCACAACUCAUCCAAGAGCGGUUGGUUCAGUUGGAUGCUCAAAUUGAGAACUACGGACGCAGCCUCGGAGAAGCCGAAUUGAAGGUUGUGCGUGACGACGGCAAGGACCCAAAAUUGGUAACAGCGUUUGAGAGCCUCCAGCAGCAGGGUGGCAUCUUGCAGAAAAAGAAGGCGUACCUCCAGAACAUGCUUCGUCAAAUGAACAGCAAAUCGCCAAUUAACGGCAGCAACCCCUUCAUGAGAGAGAGCGAAAGCAACGCGUCUGAGGAAUCGGUUGGACUGGAUAAAGAAGACGACUCUCUUACGAUACCCUCGGGAGCAGAAUUCGAGAGUGAUUUCAACAACCGAUUCGUCAUCCACAACCUUCAUUUUAAGUGGAACAACACUCUCCGAAAUGUUGUGCUUCGUUAUAUUCACCAAGUCAGCCAGCGCAGAGGUUUCGUCUACUACCUGUCUCGCCCUGCCGUCAAGUUCAUCCUCGACAUUGUCGAAGAGCAGUACAAAGCGAAGCAGAAUCCAAAGCCUGCGAGCAAGAAUAGGACGCCGACCGGGGGUGCUACAGCUGGCGCUUCUCCCGACCUCGAUGCCGCAGAACGCGAGUUCAAACAGGAUAUCGAAGAUCGCAUCAAGAAUAUCCUCAAGGACGGCAAGAAAUAUGUCAACGCUGAUGGAAAGAGUGGCGAAGACGUGCCCAACGUGCCGAUUGAUGACCUGUCGAGCGGUAUCUCGGAUGAAUUCACGCCGCAGAACAGUUACCACGUCCGACUCAUUGCCCCGCAGAUUCAACUGCAAAGCGACAAGAACAAGAAGAAUGUCGUCAUUCUCACAUCGAAGGGCAUGGAACUGAAGGUUGUCGAGGUCAUGGACAAGAAGAGACUUGCCGACAACGUCAGCGGUCUCGUGCAGAGAAGAUUCCUCGUCAACAUGGACAGCACACAGUUUUUCGUUACUCAUCAGUCGUACUUUUCCGAAAUCGUCACCACAUACGCCGGCAGUCGGUACGGCACUCCUGCCACGUCGUCAUGGCCUCCUUGGGUUCCCAUGGAAGUCAUGUUCGACUUUGAGACGGAUCCCUUCGGCUUUAAUAGAGUGGUGCAGAAGACGUCUGCGAUGCUUCGUUACGAAAAGUACAACACUUUGCGUCUCAAGUACAAUGAUGAGGUCAACACUGAGGGCGCUGGUGAUCCAUCCCAGCCCAGCAACGAAAGGAAGAUGGAUAAUCUCUGGGUAGAGUUCCCGCAAGCCAGAGCACUCUGCAAUUCUGGUGACUACUACGCCAUGUACGUUAUUGUACUGGAUCUGCUCAUGUACAAUGAGCCUCUCGAAAAGACACGGACGGAGCGCCUUGAGAAGAUCAUGCUCGCUUCAGACUUCAGCGACCUCAGCGGUACGCCUGAGAUGGUUGAGAAGUUGCAAGAGCGCAUUCGUCAACUUCAGGACAUCAAGUCCCACUUCCAGAUAUACUCCAAGUACAUGGACCAGCGCGGCUGGGAAGACAGGCUUCUUCUUGAACGAGACCUAGCAGCAUGCGAGGACGAACUUUUCUUCAUGAUGAAGGCCAUUACGUCUUCACAGCGGAGAUACGAAACGAACUCGGAAAGCAAUGCUCUACUCCGGUGGAGCAUCACAGCACGCGACACGGUUUGGCACAUGCUUCGAGACAACAAGGAACCGCUCGUCGAGCUGCAGCUCAAGGAUGUGGAGUAUGAUCGUACUGAUAACGCAGACGGGUCACAUAUCAACUUGAUCAGGGUUGGCAAGGUCUUUGGACUGAACUUACUCCCUGACGCCAUGUACCCGGAGAUCAUUGCGCCCUACGCCGAAGGCGACAAGGACAUGGGCAAUCAAGAAAUGAUUCGCGUAUACUGGUACAUGCUUGAAGCCAUCGCCGGUAUCCCCGUUAUGGAUCAUUUCGAGGUCAACUUGUUCCCCAUGAAGAUCCAACUGGAACGUGAGAUUGGCAAGAGGGUGUUUGAGUACAUCUUCCCAGGCAUCGACGGCGACAACAAGAACAAGAACGAUUCUCCCUUUAUGCUCAAGCACCAGCCCACUGAGGACGACGAUGAAGAUGACGACUCGAUGUCUGGCUCUGGUCGUCUGACUGCUAGCGAUAAGGACGGAUUCAGCACACGACCGGGUUCGCUUGAACUGCGUCUGCAACCAACACUGAACUCAGACUCUCCGACCAAGUCAAUAAACAGCAAAAAGUCACUCACGGUCAAUACAGGCGAGGGCCAGGGCCAUACGUUCCGUCUCUUCCGCUCCGUCGGUACAGGCAAGGUCCCGACCAAGAAGCCUUCGUACGAGUCACUCAAGUCGACGAAGGAGCCUCGCCCAGGAAUCGGUCGUACCUCGACCGGCUUCUCGUCAAAGGAGAGCACACUUCCCGGUGACAAGAAGUCGCGCUUUGGUCGGCGCAAGGAAUCAAAAGCGGAGGAUUCCAAACCUUCGGAUGACCUCACCAAGAUGAUGUCACGCGCCAGCAACUACAUGACCUUUGCGCAAAUCAAGAUGCCCUCGGUGGUGCUCUGCCUCAGCUACAAGGGCAAAGACAACCGCAACGUGGAGGACGUGCACGACUUUGUAUUCCGCAUGCCGGCGGUCGAGUGGCGCAACAAGACGUGGUCGAACCUCGACCUGGCUCUCGCGCUCAAGAAGGCAGUUAUCAAGGCUCUCAUCUCGCACACCGGUGCCAUCAUCGGCAACAAGUUCAAGCAUCGCCCAAGCAACACGCAAGCCAGCAAGCUUCGGGAACUCGCCAGCGGGUCCUCGCUCAUCGCACCCACGCCCUCGUCGUCGUCCCAGCAUGACGCGGAGAGCAUCAACAACAGCGACGACUCGUCGAGCUUAUACGGUAACUCGCCUGUCGACUACUCCCGCUCGCCGCCGCGCUCGCACCACGGCAGCUCGGCGAGCAGCAUUCCCAUCCCGCGGUCGACGAGUCGGAGUUCCAGCGUCGCAAGCGGGCGGUCCCGUCGGAUGGGCGAGUCGAGUCUCCAAACGCAGCAAUCACAGCAACAGCAGCCCGCCGUCCCCAGUUUCCUCAUGAUGACGCCGCCGACGCCGCUCGAUAGCCGGGCGCCGACACAAGGGUUGGGGUUCGAGCUGUUGAGGCCUUCUAGUAGGAGUAGUCUGGCGCCGUUUGACCAGGCUGGCGGGGGCACGAUCCGCUCGCUUUCACGGUCUGCAACGGGCGCGGAGUCGAGUGAUCGGAGGAGGUCUGCCGGGAGCGGGUUUUUGAGGGAUAAACUCAGUGCGCUGACGCAUCGGAAGCGUGAUGGGAAUCAGAAGGAGGCUGGCGGUAGUCAGGGCCAGGGGCAGAGGGAAGAUACGCCUGAGCGGGAGGACGAGGACGCGAAUGCUGCGCCUGAGAGACCCAAGGGUACGAAGAGGUUUCCUGGUUUGAGCCGGGUCAAGACUGGGUCAUAA